AGGCUGCUGGGGCCGCCGGGCCCGACGAAGGGGGAGGGCGGGGCCAGCUCCAGUACUGCUGUGACUACAAACGGAGCGAGUUCCUGGGCCCGAGGGGAGCGAUGCUGUGGUUCCAGGGCGCCAUUCCCGCCGCCAUCGCGUCGGCUAAGAGGAGCGGCGCGGUCUUCGUGGUGUUUGUGGCAGGUGAUGAUGAGCAGUCUACAGAGAUGGCUGCAAGUUGGGAAGAUGAGAAAGUGACAGAAGCAUCUUCAAACAGUUUUGUUGCUAUUAAAAUCGAUACCAAAAGUGAAGCCUGCCUACAAUUUUCACAAAUUUAUCCUGUAGUAUGUGUUCCAUCCAGUUUCUUUAUUGGAGACAGUGGAAUCCCUUUGGAAGUAAUAGCUGGAAGUGUUUCUGCAGAUGAACUCGUUACAAGAAUUCACAAAGUCCGACAGAUGCACUCAUUAAAAGGUGAAACAUCAGUGGCAAAUGGCAGCCAGUCAGAAAGUUCAAUGUGUACUCCAUCUGCCUCAUUUGAACCUAAUGACACAUCUGAAAACUCCCAGUCUAGAAAUACAGAGCUUUGUGAGACACCACCUACUUCUCCUGAUACAAAGUCAGAUGUUGCAACAGGAGGAGAAAAUUCAGACCGUACUACUCCCUCUCAGGAGCCUAGUGGAUGUUCAAAUCCAAGACCUGCAGAGGACCUCACCGUCAGAGUGGAAAGACUAACCAAAAAACUUGAAGAGAGGAGAGAAGAGAAGAGGAAAGAGGAAGAACAGAGAGAGAUUAAGAAGGAAAUCGAGAGGAGAAAAACUGGAAAAGAAAUGUUGGAUUAUAAAAGAAAACAAGAGGAAGAAUUAACAAAAAGAAUGUUAGAAGAAAGAAACAGAGAGAAGGCAGAAGAUAGGGCUGCUCGAGAACGAAUAAAACAGCAAAUUGCAUUGGACCGUGCAGAGAGAGCUGCUCGUUUUGCAAAGACAAAAGAAGAAGUAGAGGCUGCCAAAACUGCUGCCUUGUUGGCCAAACAGGCAGAAAUGGAAGUCAAGAGGGAAUCCUAUGCACGAGAAAGAAGUACUGUUGCAAGAAUUCAGUUCCGUCUGCCUGAUGGUUCUUCCUUUACAAAUCAGUUUCCUUCUGAUGCUCCUCUUGAAGAAGCAAGGCAAUUUGCUGCACAGACUGUUGGCAACACUUAUGGUAAUUUUUCACUAGCAACCAUGUUUCCCAGGAGGGAAUUUACCAAAGAAGAUUAUAAAAAGAAAUUAUUGGAUUUGGAACUUGCGCCAAGUGCUUCAGUGGUACUAUUGCCAGCAGGAAGACUAUCUACAUCCAUUGUACAUUCUUCCAGUGGAGACAUUUGGACAUUGUUGGGGACAGUACUUUACCCAUUCCUUGCCAUCUGGAGAUUGAUUAGCAAUUUCUUAUUUAGUAAUCCUCCUCCUGCACAGACUUCAGUGAGAGCUACAUCACCAGAACCUUCAAACCCUGCAUCAUCUAGCAAAUCAGAAAAAAGGGAACCAGUCAGAAAAAGAGUGCUGGAAAAACGAGGGGAAGACUUCAAAAAGGAGGGGAAGAUAUAUAGAUUGAGGACUCAAGAUGAUGGUGAAGAUGAAAACAACACUUGGAAUGGAAAUUCUACUCAGCAGAUGUAGUGCAACAAGUACAUUAUGUACAAUAAUCAUUGUUUCUCUUAUGAUUUAAUUCAACUAAAAUUCUACUGGAGAAGUUGGUCUGCUUUUUAUGUUUUCUAGCUGAUCUACAAAUGUGUCUUUAUUCCUGAUGAGUGGGUGCAGGUGAAAGUUGUUUAACCCAGAAAAGUUAAGAUGUAACAAGCUGCUUGCAUAUGGUAACCAACAACAGGAAGCCUAAAAGAUUCCAAAGGUCUGCCACAGCCUCCCUCCAUUAGCUUCUUCCUCAUUGUUUCAUAAAGCCUUUAACCAUGUGCUCUCAGAUGGCAUGUUUUUUUUUUAGAAUACUCUUUCCUCUAAGACACUUAAGCCCACACAAAGUAGCUGGUAUGUCACUGAGUAAUUUGACUCUUAGAGCAUUUUAACUAGCCAAUCAGAUGACAACUUAUGUUUAACUUUCUCUUUUUGCUCAUCAGCUGCAAGCUAAAUCUUAGUUUUUAAUCUUACAUAAACAUUGAAUAAAAGGUCUUUUCCAAAAAUCAGAAUGAUCGUAUUUUGCUUUAAGCAUCUUUUUGUUGUACAGGGUUCUGAUGAAGUCACAUUUCUCUCUUCUGUUCCCCCUUCACCCCCAAUUCCUGGAAGCUAUUUCAGCAAAAUAGCUAUCUGCUUUCCCUUAAAUAGCAAAGGAAGAAAUUUUCUGAUGCACAUCGAUGCCAUGCUGUCUCUCCUAGUUCACUGAGGCAUCACUUGGCUUGCAUAAAUUUAUGGUCGGUCUUCUCAUCUGUUUUGCUUCUGAUGCAAAACAGUUGAGAAUUGCUAGUCUAUGACUUACUGUUUUUCCUCUCACCUUUAUAUUGAAGUUUUGUAUUCAGUAAUAAAGACCUCUCUAGGACCUUAAGUACCUGUGGUGUGGGAUGAGAAGUAUAGAAUAAAGAUACACUUUUACUCAUUUAUUUCUUAAUCUGACUUACAUGCUACUUUUUCUAUGUAAGUUUGGUAAUAGAGACCACUAAACUAAUGAUGUUUGAAAUGGGGAGUAAGCAUGAUAGUUGCUGUGUUUUCAGAUUUGAAAGGUAUUGCUCUUUGAGUGAAUGUGUAAGAAGACUCUGACUUUUUUUUUUGUAACGGGAGGAAGGAAUUUUCUCAGCAAACUUUUUCACCUAUGAAAUGACAGUGACUUUUUAAAAUGGUAAUAGUGUUGGCAAGGAAAUGGUGAGAUAUAGGCUAUGCUGUUGGUAGAAGUAGAAACCAAUAUAAUCUGGAAAACUUCAGAAACUAACGAUUAUUUCAUACUCUGAUCCAGUAAUUUUUUAAAAUAAUGCUGAUAAAUGUAUACCUUUUUCACACAUAAACAUACUCAUUGUAUGUUUAUUUGACUUAGAAAUUGGAAACCAACUAAAUGUCCUCUGUAGAAGUAAUUACUUUUUGAUGAGAAAUGAUACACUACUAAUUCAAUAAUUCACUUUAAUAUUGAUUAAACAUCUGUUAUGUGUUGGGGGAAAAGAAGCAGGAUACAGAGCUGUAGUUACAGUAUGAUCUCAGCUUUGUAAAAUAAUUUUAUAUAUAGAUAGAACUAUGUAUUAAUAUAUAUGUAAAGAAAGAAGAAAACACAGUGUAACAUUAAUAAUGGUAAGAGUGGUUAUAUGUGAUUCCAGUUUUUCCUUUUGCACCCUUAUGUUUUCGCAGUCUUCUGCAAUGAUCAUUACUUCCAUAAUUUAAAAAGUGAGUUUGAAAAUCUCUAGUAGGCAUCCCAUUUAAAGUUUUGUCAUCUUUAAAAAUGCAGCAGUGGGUGAUAUUUUAAAAAAACUGUCAAAAUGGGUGUGACCCUAGUAACUAUUUAGAGAUAUAUUUGCAAAAACAUUGAAUACCUCAAGUCAUUUUGUCUUGAAGAAAAUCAAAUAUAAGUCUUAGAGAAAUUACAUAAAAGAAUGCUUCAUAAUCUUUGAGUAGGAGAAUCCUUCUUCAAUUUUAUCUUUUAAAAAAAUAAAACAUCCAAUACAGUAUAUAAGGCUAUGAAAUGAAAUGAAGUCUCUCCCUUGGCAUCUUACUACCCCAAGCACUGCUCUUCCCAAGAGGUAACCUCUCUAUUAAUAGUUUCUUCUGUAAUUUUCAGAAAAUUUUUAUGCAUAUAUGAGCAAAUAUGUAAUCUUUAUUUUUAAAUAAAUGGGAUCAUAUUAUAUAUACUACCCAGCAUCUUGCUUUUUUACUUAAAGUCUUGAAGAUCUUUUCCUGUCAACACAUAGCUACCUCAUUCUUACUAAUGGCUGCAAUAGCAUUCUACUUGAUGUAAGUACCCUGGCAUUAUCUAUGCUCUGAUGGCGUUCAGUGGCUAUUACAAGUGUAUUAUGCCUGUUUUUCCAUUAUAAACAUUGCUAUAAUGAACAUCUUGAGGGGGUGGUGUAUUCUUAUUGUGAAAUUAUACCUGUAGAAUGUGUUUUGCAUAAUUUGCUAAAGGGUAUUUGUGGUUUGGAUUAAGAAAGAUGCCAAAUUGGCUCCUUAGUGGGAUGUAUGAAUUCUACCCCCCACCAACAGUGUAUGAGAAUGUUGUUUCCCCACACCCCUGCCAACACUGUUACCAUACUAUUUCAUCUUUGUCAAUAUGAUAGAUGAAAAAUUAUGUGCAUUUUUAUAUGCAUUGUGUUUAUCUCAAGAUUGAACGUCUUUAAAUGUUAUUGGUCAUUUUAACUUAAGUUGAGCUGUUCUUUGCCAAUUUUGUUUUCAUAGUUUUCUUAUUGAUUUAUAAAAAAUUCCAUGUACAUUAAGAAAAUUUGCCCUUUUGUAGCAUAUACUGUAAAUAUUUUAUCUUUGAACAAAUAUGUGGAUGGUAAUCUACCACAGUAUUGAUGUGGUCAAAUUUGUUAGUGUUUAUGGUAUUUGAGUCUUGCUCAUAAAUACCUUUCCCACUUGAAAAGUUAA